CAACCUCUUUAUCAGAAAAUAACAAAACGACGCUCCUCUCCCUUCCGUCUCACUCCUCUCCUCUCCUUCCUUUCCUCUUUUUCUACUCCUCUCAUUAUUCUCUCCUCCAAUGUUUUUUCCUUUUUUUUUUAUCUCAAUAAUUUCUCUCUCUUAUUUUGAUUUUUAAUCUUCUAUCAUUCUCUUCUCGCUGGUUGUUUAACUCGCUGGUGGUCUCUGUAGCUAUGGCGUUCCGAGGAGGGGGAAAUGCCUCUUCUGGCAUGGGGGUUGCUGAGCAUAGUGUAAGCACAUACUUGGAACUGCAGAGGAAGAAAGUUCACCGCUACGUCAUUUUUAAGAUUGAUGAGAAAAAGAAAGAAGUUGUGGUUGAGAAGACAGGGGGCCCUGCUGAGAGCUAUGAUGAUUUCACUGCUUCCUUACCUGAGAAUGAUUGCCGAUAUGCCGUCUAUGACUUCGAUUUUGUAACUUCUGAGAACUGUCAAAAGAGCAAAAUCUUUUUUAUCGCAUGGUCUCCUUCUGUAUCCCGAAUUCGUGCAAAAAUGCUGUAUGCAACAUCCAAGGACAGGUUCAGACGGGAGCUGGAGGGUAUCCAUUAUGAGAUUCAGGCAACAGACCCUACAGAGAUGGAUCUUGAAGUCCUCAGGGACCGUGCAAACUGAGAAUAACUUCGCUUUAAAGGCUUUCUAGAUGAUGUCCUUAGGAUAUUUCUGAAAAGACCUGAAGGAAUGCCUCUUUACUCGGCUAAUUCCUUGAACUUUUAGUUUACUGUGUUCUCUGUUUGUUUUUAAUGCAUUAAUGAAUAGCUUACGUAUCAAGUAAAUAACCUACACCUGUGAAGGCUGAUUAGGGGCUCCUGGGCCUACUAACCCCACAGCUGGGGAAUGGGAGCUCUUCCUUACUGUGAUGCUUCUCAGGUGCACAUUCGUAUUUUGAAUAUUGAAAAUUUGACUUUUAUUCUAUGGAAUCAAUGUUACGUUGAUGAA